AUGGCAGGUCCUUCAGACACUAACCCAGUUAAUAACAAAACCAAUGUCGAGGUCUGUCAGGAGAUCGCAAAUGAGAAUGAGGCAACGAACGAGGCGCCAGAAGAUCGAGAACGUUGGAUUGUAUGCUUCUAUGGUUCUAGAGAUAGUAUUCAUGGCGGUACUACCGCGUGGUGCGUGAUCGCAUGCGUCGCUUCGGCGAGAACAUCGACAUUGCCAUGGAUCGUGUCGCCUGGAUCUUCUGAAGCAUGGUUGUGCCAAUGA